AUGCAUCGUCUUUUUGCUGAGCUGGAGCCAUCUUUAAUCGUCACAGAGCAAAACCUGGCAGACCGAGUUCGGUAUAUCUUGCGCUCAAAUAUAUUUGAUGUCGCCGAACUCGAACGGCUACGACGUGAGGCUGUUCCCUCGUCGGAUGAGAAUGCUACGGCUGAGGAUGCGGCGCCACAAAUGGUAGAGCAACCCGCAAACGUGGAUGCCGCCGUGAAUACCCCAGUUGUGGUUGAUUCAAACGAUGAUGGAACAGUCGCCCAGGAACUGGAAUUAGAGCAUAUGAGGAGUAUAUUGGAAGAGGCGAUUGUGGAAACGCGCAGUACGCCUCUCGAAAAUCGACCGCGACUUCCCCGCAUAGCCCUAAGCAAGCGAAACCGGGCUGUCGUGAGGGCUCUGAACCCAAUGCUGGUUACCUAUUUGGAAGCCAGCCGGGACCUUUGCGAGACGGACUCAAUUCUUUUUGGCGCCGCGCUGGCAGUCUGCCGUAUCAUAGGCGCCAAGGUUUCCACGGCUGGACGCGCUACUGGCCAUAGUAGCGCUAUCCCAGCAUGGAGAAGAAGAAUUGAGGAACGUAUCGCAAAGGCUAGAGCUCUCAUCGGCAGACUGAUAUGCUUCAGAUCAGGCAACAACAGGCCAAGAAUUGUGCGCACCGUCAGGAUGGCGUUUGCUGGGACAAAUGUCAGUUUGUCCCAGCCGGAUAUAACGCAAAAACUGACGGAGCGCAUAGAUGAUCUGAAGCAGAGAAUCGCUGCUUGGGGAAAGCGGAUUCGGCGAUAUACCGAGAGGUCGACACGGUUCAACCAGAAUCGUCUCUUCCAGAGUGAUCAGAAGAGGCUCUAUGAAUCAUUGGAGCGACCAAUGGUAAGUGGAACGGGUCCAGCACCGAAUCAGGCCGACACUGUAGCAUUCUGGCGCGGCCUGUGGUCAGAGCCCGUAAACCACAGCGAGGGCCCUUGGACGGAAGUUGUGGCGAGUCAGUGUGCGGGUAUUACGCCCAUGGACCCCGUCAUCAUAACGCCGGAUGACGUAGCUGAGGCGGUUCGUAGGGCCCCGAACUGGAAAAGUCCGGGGCUUGACGGGCUGCAUCACUACUGGCUGAAGGGGUUCAUGGUGUGUCACUCUGUGCUCGCCCGACAGUUUCAAGAGGCUCUCAACCAGAAGUCGCUCCCAAGCCUCUUCACUACUGGGAUCACUCAUUUAGUUCCUAAAGACCAGGAGCUGGAGCCAUCUCUAUCCGUCACCGAGCAAAACCUGGCAGACCGAGUUCGGUACAUCCUGCGCUCCAACAUAUUUGGUGACGCCGAACUCGAACGACUACGACGUGAGGCUGUUCCCUCAUCGGAUGGAAAUGCUACGGCUGGGAAUGCGGCGCCACUAAUUGCGCAGCAAACUGCAAAUGUGGACGCUGCCGUCAAUAUUCCAUUUGUGGUUGAUUCAGACGAUGAUGGAAUAGUCCCCCACGAAAUAGAGAAAAUGAGGAGCAUAUUGGAAGAGUCGAUGCUGGAAACGCGCAGCACGCCUCUCGAAAAUCGACCGCGACUUCCCCGCAUACCCCUUAGCAAGCGAAAUCGGGCUGUCGUGCGGGCUCUUAACCCAAUGCUGGUGACCUAUUUGGAAGCCAGCCGGGACCUUUGCGAGACGGACUCAAUUCUUUUUGGCGCCGCACUGGCAGUAUGCCGUAUUAUUGGCGCCAAACUUCCAUAG